AUGGAUGUCUCACUAUAUGUCUACGACCUUUCGAAGUACUCCCUUGCCCUGACAGGUACACAAAUGGAUGCCAUCUACCAUACAUCCAUCGUCCUCAACGGGAUCGAAUAUUAUUUCGGCCAGGGUAUCCAAACCGCGGCUCCAGGGAGUACCCAUCAUGGUCAGCCCAUGGAGAUCGUGAAGUUGGGCAGCACUGAGCUUCCAAGUGAGGUUAUCGAAGAAUACCUGGGUUCAUUGGCAACCAUUUAUACGGCCGAGUCAUACGACCUUUUCCUUCAUAACUGCAAUAACUUUACUCAAGACCUUGCAAUGUUUCUUGUCGGUAAAAGUAUUCCGGAGCAUAUUAUUAAUUUGCCUCGCACUUUUCUGGAAACUCCAUUCGGGCAAAUGAUGAAACCUCAAAUCGAGAUGGCUCUCAAAGGCGUCACUCAAGGCACUGGAACAGGUCCUACCCUGGACCAAGUGUUCAACCUACCACAGCGAGGGCUGUCCCUCCCGCACCUCAGCCAGUGGCACCUCCAGGGGCGGGCACAGUCCGUAUAUCAGCUACAAACCGAGCUUUCUAGUGCUUCCCAUUCCUGCGCCGUUAUUUUCUUCACAUCGUCAACAUGUCCACCAUGCAAGGCUGUUUACCCAACAUAUGACGAACUCGCGGCGGAAGCGGGUGAGCGAGGUACUCUCAUCAAAGUCGACAUCGGCGUAGCUCGCGAUGUUGGCAUGAAGUACAGCGUGCGCUCGACUCCCACCUUUAUGACAUUUUUGAAGGGCCAGAAGUUGGAUGAAUGGAGUGGUGCCACCCCGGCCAAGCUAGUGGGAAAUGUUCGUAUGUUGUUAGAGAUGGCACACCCGGCCCACCCUCAUCGUCAACUGCGACUUCCCAGUCUUCAGCGAGAGAUAACGACCUUCGUCAUGUAUAAGAAGGUUCCACCACUUGAAAAGCUCCUCCAAAAACUUCCUGUCGCCUUUAAGGAAGGCCUUGGCGUUGCCCAGGUUAUUGAAUUUGUGAAGCUGCGUCACUCAGCUACCGAACCUGGCCCCGAUUUGCAUAUAUUUGCCACAACUUUGACCUCCAUAUACUCGACGCUUCCCAUCGACACUCACUUCGCCGUGGUUGAUCUAGUUCGUCUUCUUCUGCUUGAUCCACGUGCAAGUGGCUACUUCGCCGAAGAAGCCCAACACGCAACCCUCCUCACUCUCCUUGCACCUCUAUCCCAAGACGAUCUAUCCUCGUGCCCGUAUAAUCUCCGCAUCGUGGCCCUCCAACUAGUCUGCAAUCUCUUCAGCACACCUCUCUACCCAGAGCAACUCACCUCCUCCUCAUCCCCACUCCGCGAGACCUGCCUCCGUCUUGCGACCAACUCCCUCCUAGACUCACAAACCAGCCUCCGUGUUGUCGCCGCCUCGUUUGCAUACAACCUUGCCGCAUUCAAUCAUAACGCCCGCUUGGAUGGGAAACAAGAUCCUCUGUCCGAGGAAGAUCAGGUCGAACUGACUGCAUCAUUGCUUGAGGCUGUUUCGCGCGAGAAUGAGAGCGUGGAAGCCUUGCAUGGGUUGUUGUUUGCCCUUGGCCUUCUUGUUUACGAAGCUCCGAUGGAUGGGUCUCUAAUCGAUCUUUGUCGCGCUAUGGGUGUGACGGAGACAAUUUCAGGAAAGAUGAAGGUUGAGGCUGUACAGAAGGAGCCACUGCUUAAAGUGAUAGGGGAACUUUUUAGCAAGGGGCUGUAA